AUAACGCUUGCAUCCAUCAGUGCUUCGAAAGGAGGACAAAAGGUGCUGGAAACAUGGUCAACGGCUUGGCCAACAAUGCUGAAAUUGACGACAGCAGCAACUGCGACGCAACUGUGGUGCUACUCAAGAAAGCCAAUUUCCACCGCAAAGCGUCAGUGAUUAUGGUAGACGAGCUGCUGUCAGCCUACCCUCACCAGCUUUCUUUCUCUGAGGCUGGACUUCGAAUCAUGAUCACCAGCCACUUUCCCCCCAAGACCCGACUCUCCAUGGCCAGUCGCAUGUUGAUCAAUGAGAGACAAAGACUGAUAAACAGUAGGGCCUAUGCCAAUGGAGAAUCCGAGGUGGCCAUCAAAAUCCCAAUUAAGCACACCGUGGAGAACGGGACAGGGCCCAGCAGUGCCCCAGACAGAGGCGUGAAUGGGACUCGGAGGGAUGAUGUUGUGGCCGAGGCUGGUAACGAGACAGAGAAUGAGAAUGAGGACAAUGAGAACAACGAGAAUGACGAAGAGGAAGAGGAGGAUGAGGAUGAUGACGAAGGACCGUACACGCCAUUCGACCUCCCCUCUGGAAAACUGGAAACAGUGAAGUGGGCGUUCACCUGGCCACUGAGUUUUGUUUUAUACUUCACUGUACCCAACUGCAACAAACCCCGCUGGGAAAAAUGGUUUAUGGUGACAUUUGCUUCUUCCACAUUGUGGAUAGCAGCCUUCUCCUACAUGAUGGUGUGGAUGGUCACAAUCAUUGGAUACACACUGGGGAUUCCUGAUGUCAUCAUGGGGAUUACCUUCCUGGCAGCUGGAACCAGUGUGCCCGAUUGCAUGGCCAGCCUCAUCGUCGCCAGACAAGGUGGGACCUCCAGUUAGAUGGU